AUGAAUAGAACAGAGAAUAGUGAUGUGAGAUUCGCAUUCUUGUUGGCUUCUGCGGAAUGCUAUUCGAGAGAUGAAGGCAUCUCAUCGUUUUGUGCUUCUUUGCUGUUUGGUUUGGGUUCUUUGCUGGGAUCGUCAUUGUAUUACAAGAAAUCCGUAGAGAAAGCAAAAGAGUAUUUAAAUAUUUUGUCUUCUUUUCGUUCAUUGAGUUCGAACGAGCAGAUUUGUCAAACCGAUAUCGAGGGUAUGCUCAAAGCUGCAGAGUCAAGGAUCGCUGAAGGUUCUCCUAUGGUAAAGUUGGAACCAAAGGUUUGCGAGGCGAAGAAAAAUCAAGAUCCAAAGAAGAUUGAGGUUAAAGGAUUGAGUUCAUAUUGGAUGGGUUUGAAUGUUGAGAUGAAAAGGGAUUUUAUGAAAGUAAGCACUGCAGAGUUUACGAGUUUUGUGGAGAGAUUAUAUGGCACAGAGGGACGAGAUGCUUUGAUGCAAGCUCUUGAUUCUGCAAGGGAAGACAAAAAAAAUGGAGAUUCUGGAUGUGUCGAUCUUCCUUCGUUGACAAAGGAUAUGGCCCAGAAGAUAAGUAAAGUCUGGGCUCGUAAGAUAUCUGAUGGAAGUUGGGAACCAGUGGAUGCGGUAGCUGCCGUUGAAAUGAUCAAGAAUCAGCUCGAAGAUGUGAAAGCGUUUGCGUAUGUGAAUAGAUGGUCCAAAGACUGGCCUUUAGCUGCGGAUGAAGAUCGCAGUAAGCUACUCAAAGAAAUCAGGUCGCUCCUUGUGUCGUUUUGGGACCGUAAAAUUCUCUCAUGUAGCGUCCGAGAGUGGGUGAUGGAUUUUGUGAUCCUGGACUUUUUAAAGAAGAUCAAGUGUGAAAGGGAUGAUGGCGCUGAUGUGGUUCGCAGAGCAGUGGACAGUAUCUACAUUGGUAUUCAAGUUAAGGAAAAGAUCGACUUUGACAUUGAGUUUUCAUUUCUGAUGCUGGAUAAAAGGCUGCUGGGAGGCAAGAUUGAUCGAUUUGAUGAUGAUGGGACAAUCAGUUUUGUUGAACCCAAUGAUCACUACGCCAAGGCACAUGUUCAUGGAGAUGGUAUCUUAUCCUGGUUAGCUGACCACACCUCAGGAGAUGAGAGUUUUCGAUUUCCGAGACCUAUCAGGGGACACAAUCUUUGUAUUUGGAUGGCUAUUUUAAGAGCCGUUCAGUUCUCGUGUAGAGCUUUGGAGGACAAAAGUGCAAUGAAAUCGCAGCUCCUAGAUUAUGGUGGAGCUCUUAGUGAUAUCAAGAAGCUGUGUAUUAGUGAAGACGAGAAUAGAAGGAAUCUUCAAGAAGAUCAAUGGAACAAUUAUGCAUCUAUUUUGUGUGAUAGAUGUGAAGAGAGAGACACUGCAAAAGUAUUCUUGUGUGCAGUACGAGAUGUUCUCAAAGGAGAAUUACAUCCAACAUUUGAUUUCGCUGAUCUAGAAGAUUGCUUGAAUGCCAUACGUGGGUGUAAAAAUCUCAGUGAUGAUGUAGUGUUGAAGUCCAUAGACCUUCUGAAAUUAGCCGUCACCAAAAAGGUUCCUAUAAUUGAUUCAAAGAUUUUGCUGAUUGAAUAUUUAAGGAUUAACUUGCUGAACGACUUCAUCAGACUUUCUGUUUUUUACCACCGCUCUAACAUCAUUCGACCACUGAAAGAAUUCUUGCUGGAGGGAGCCGUAGAAGCAGAUCUUUUACUUGGGGACGAGAAAAAACCAGAGUCAAAGAAGAAGAAACAUAGAAGCAAGAAGAAAACUUCAAAGAGCAUGCCUAGUCCCAAAGAUAAGACCGUUGAAGAUAUGCAAAACUUGCCUGGAGAAGAUUCAGUUCUUAGAGAAGGUGCAACCAGAUGCGAUUCAGCUCUUACAGUGACUCUGAAGGCCCUGUUGAACAUUAAGGUUCUUAAAGAGGAUUUGGUGCACAAUGUGCAACCAUUUCAUGACGAGCUGGAAAAACAAAUUCAUGAGCGUCUUUACAGCUUUGUCCUGAGCGACUUGCUUACUUCCAUAGAUGAUUGUUCUGUGUCAAGUAAUGCUGCUAAAGUAGGUGUAUCCAUCCUUGAAUCUUGGCAUUGCUGGAAAAGUCUAAAAAAAGAAGGCUUGGUAACUCGUCUUUUUACACUGGAAGAAUAUGAACGAAUGAGUUGUAGCAAAUGCAAAAAGAAGUCAAAUUAUCCAGAGAAAAGUUGUUAUAAUGUUGUCAUGGCUGCAGAUUCAAUCAGAGACUUGAAUUGUGCUUUUGGGGAUGUGGAGUUCGUGGAUUUACUUAAGAUGAUCCGCAUGGAAGAUAAAAUGUUAUGUGACAUUAAAACAGGAGGUUGUGGGAAGGAAAACUUUGUUCAUCAUGUUAUAAAUAGAUGCCCGCCAAUCUUCACAAUCAUGUUGGAAUGGGAAAAGAAUGAAGGUGAAGAAGAAAUAUUUGAAACUACAAAGGCUUUGGACUGUGAGAUAGAUAUCAGCAGGCUAUACGAAGGCUUAGAGCCAAGAACUAUGUACCGGCUUGUGUCAAUGGUUUGCUGUGGUGAAGAAGAAGAAGAACAUAUCUUCCUAGCUUAUAAAAAGGAUCGCUGGAUCAGUCUCAGACAUGAAGCAUUAGGGGAAGAGGAUGUUGGUGACUGGGAGAGUGUGGUCAGUUUCUGUGGAGAAAAGCAGCUUAGGCUUCUUGUGCGCUAUUUAAGGAGAGCUUUGCAAUGUAUCAGCGUCAAGAUAAACGAAAUACGCCAUCUUCAAGAUAUGCAAAAUAUGCCUGGAGAAGAUUCACUGUCGAAACAUGAGUCACCACAAGGAGAAGCUGUAACAGGAUACAAUUCCGCUCUUAACAUGACGCUCAAGGCCCUCUUGAACAUUAACGUUCUUAAAGAUGAUUUCGUUUCUGCUUUUGUCUCGGAAAACAUAAAAGAGGAUGGUCUCUACAGUUACCUGCUAAGAAACUUGCUUGCUUCCCCAGAAGAUGUUGAUUCCAUGUCUAGUGAUGCUACAGAAGUAGUCGUAUCCAUCCUUGAGUCUUGGCAUUGUUGGAAAAGUCCAGAAGGAGAAAGCUUGGUAACUCGUCUUUUUACACUGGAAGAAUAUGAAAGAAUGACUUGUAGCAAAUGCAGAAAGCAGCCAAAUUAUCCAGAGCAAAAUUCUUAUGGUGUUGUUAUGGCUGCAGAUUCAUUAAGAGACUUGAAAUGUGCUUUUGGGGAUAUUAAUUUUGUGGACAUCCUUAAGAUAAUCCGCAUGGAACAUAAAAUAUUAUGUGACAUUAAAACAGGAGGCUGUGGAAAGGAAAACUUUAUUCAUCAUGUUAUAAGUAAAUGCCCGCCUAUCUUCACAAUCACAUUGGUAUGGGAGAAGGAUGAAACUGAAGAACAAAUAUCUGAAACGAUAAAGGCUUUGGACUGUGAGAUAGAUAUCAGCAUGCUAUACGAAGGCUUAGACCCAAACACUAUACUCAGAAUGUGGAAAAUGCAGGUUUGCUGUGGGGAAGAAGAAGAACACAUAGGUCUAGCUUAUAAAAAGAACCGGUGGACCUGUCUCAGACAUGAAGUAGUUGCAGAAGAAGAUGUUGGUGACUGGAAGAGUGUGGUCAGUUUCUGUGGAGCAAAGAAUGUACGGCCAGAGAUUCUGUUCUAUGAAGUUGCAAUGCCAAUGGCCUAACCAGUGACAUAAUUGUUAUCAAUAUGUUGCAAUCCAAAAGAAGUUGUGUGCUUUUGUUUUUACUUAUAUGAAGCUUUAUAAAGUGUUAAGACAAAUAAAGUUGAAUUGAGAAUAGUUGAAGCUUUUACAAAAAAAAAA